GUGAAAUUGUCGCGAGAUUACAGUGACAGCGCGAAUUUUCGAACUGCAUGCUGGGUAAACAGGCAAGCAUGGCGGACGAAGUUGAGCAGCAACAAACUACCAACACGGUCGAAGAGCCCCUUGACCUUAUCCGACUUAGUUUGGAUGAGAGGAUCUACGUAAAGAUGCGGAAUGACCGAGAACUGCGAGGGAGAUUACAUGCCUAUGAUCAGCAUUUGAAUAUGAUUCUCGGAGAUGUGGAGGAGACCGUAACAACAGUUGAGAUUGACGAGGAGACGUAUGAAGAAAUUUAUAAGUCCACGAAAAGGAACAUUCCGAUGCUGUUUGUUCGUGGUGAUGGUGUGGUCCUUGUCGCUCCGCCCCUCAGAGUGGGAUAAGUAUGUGGAGUUUCAGCCCCCUUGAUGGAAGAACUUUUCCUUUCAACAUACUGAAACUGUGGACAUCAUUUGCAGCGUUUUGUUUGAAACACCUUUUAUUUGUAACAUAUGUUAAAGUCCCUUUGUCUGAAUGGCCAUUUGUUGCUCUCUUACUUGCUUUUAUGUUGGAAUUGUAUAUUGUUGGUAUAUUUUAGGUUGUCUAGUCUGCAUUAAUCCUAAAUAGCGAUUUCAUUUGCUAAUUACAAUAAACGGGGACAAAAGCAA